CAGCUUUACAUUUCAUCUCUAAAAAGGUUAAGCCUACAACGAUCACACAGAAUACCAUGAUCUUUAAUCGCUUCACAUUCACCGCUGCCAUGGCUGCCUCUGCGGCUUCUGCUAUCAGUGUUCAACGCAGGGCGGCAAUCACUGACUUCGACACGAGUCCCGUCGCUUUUGCCUUCCCCGAGCCUCGUGGUUUCUCAGCCUCCACCGCCUCUGAAGCUCCGUGUGGUGGUUUCGACCCGGUCAACAGGACUUCUUACCCUUUGUCCGGUGGUGAUGUUGCCCUGAUUCAACAGACCGAUGCUACAAAUGUUAACAUUCUUUGGACAUCUGAAUCCGAUCCUACCCUGUUCCAUUCAUUCAGCACUUAUUCUAACUCCAUUCUCGACAUCGCUGCCGGACACUAUUGUCAGGAUGCUCCCGAUUUUUCCUCUUUGGGCUUCGCUGAGGGCGAUAACGCUACUCUUUUGGUCAUCUACCAGCUUGAUGGAGCCGACACCUACUACUACCAGUGUGCCGAUGUUAGUCUCGUUUCGGCCACCAGCUUUACUACCGACGAGCAGUACGUCUGUGGCAACUACACUUCCGAGCUUGAGAUUGCUUCUUCUGAGGAGUCUCUUCACCUCGGUAACACCACUACCUCCGAAAGCACCUCUAGCGGUACCACCGGAACUGCUUCAACAUCCAGCGGCUCCACCAACCCUCAUGUCUCUAGCUCCUCGUCUGGCUCUAAGCUCAGUGCCGCCGAGGGUGGUGGUAUCGGCGCCUCAGUCACUAUCUUCGUUUUCGCCGUCAUCGCUGGCUUAUUGUGGUGGUCUGGUCUCCUUCGUUUUGGCAAGAAGAAGCAGGCUGUCGUGCACGACCACGAGUCUGUAUCCUCUGGCGUACCCACCAAGGAGCGUCUCUGAUCAUGCUCAGGAAUGCUUUGUAUAACUUCCCCUGUACGAUUCGUCUUUAAUUUUUAAUUUUUGGAUAGUCCGGUAUCUUGAGAAAAGUCGAAAGGAGUUUAUUAUAAAUGGUGAUACAUUAGAUGAUUGGACAUACAGCAUGCAAGUAAUUUGAUUAUUUU